AUGUCCCCACCCCAAGCACGAUUCGUUGGGGUCUGCUUCGGACUGGACCCAGAUAUCUCCCCCUCCCCUUCAGACAGCGACCUGUCCUUUUCAUUUCUUUUGGCUCCAAUGAUCAUCUCACUUACGGCUGAGGCGACACUCGCUGAAGCAAUUGCUCGUCACGCAGACCAGAGCACCUUGAUGGAGGGCUGGAAAUCCUGCCUUUAUAAGCUUCUGAGCUUCCUCAAUCGAAGCGCCUGCUUCUAUAGAAAUCUUUCCAGUAAAGCGCUUUUUCUUUUUAAGCAUUCUUUCAGGCGCAGCGCGUAG